AUUCACCAUAUCCUCUCUGCUAAAGCUUUCUCUUUCUGUCCACGGUCCCUUUUCUCUGCGAUUCAAGAAAUGUUACUGAGAACAAAACUCAAACACCUCACCUACAAACACAUAAUCCCCCUUAUCCGCUCGCUCUCUUACCUCAAUCCUCAGCCUCAGGUGUCCCAGCAGCAGCAGCCUUCUUCUCUACGGCGACAACAAGAUCCAUACUCCCUCCUAAAAGAAGAACCGAUUCAAAUCCUCGCGGACCUCUGGGUCAAAACGUUCUCCCAACGCCAACAACCAAAGCCCUUCACCAACCUCACUGGUUUCCUCUCAAAAUUCGAUCUCUGGGUCCUCGCUUACCAGAGAACUUGCGCCCACGUAAGCGGCACAUUCCCACCUCGUAAUGCUCUUCACUCGGAUGUUCUGUGCGACGUGUUGUCACUGAGAAACGCCGUGGUUCGUAACAAGUUUUCAUGGAACUGCAAGACGCAUCAGUUUAUUCGUGGCCCCAAUGAAAAACCCCUCACCAAGUUACUCUCGAGACGCCAACUGAACCCAAUUUUGACGUCCAAGAAUCCACCGUUUCAAGAUCGUGUUGUGCAGGAGGUACUCUUCAUGAUUCUGGAACCCGUUUUUGAUCCACGGUUUUCAUCCAAAUCACAUGCUUUUAGGCCUGGGAGGAAUGCGCAUACGGUUAUUAGGACUCUUAGGAGUAACUUUGCAGGAUACUUGUGGUUUUUGAGGGGCGAUUUAAGUCCAAUUCUUGAUGAGGUUGAUGUAAAUGUGGUAAUGCGAUGCAUUGAAAAUGCUGUGAAAGAUAAGAAAGUUCUGAACUUGAUAAAAUCUGGGUUAAAAGGCGCUGUAAAUAACUGUUUAACUGAUGUUGAAUGUGAAGGGAAAAUGAAGAAGAGCAAGAGGAAAAAAGGGCGGACAAAGAAGAGAAUCUUGAGUGAGAAUGAGCCAAAGCCAGACCCGUAUUGGUUGAGAACGUUUUUCAAUUUUGCACCUGAGGAGGCUGCAAAGGUGCCGAACUAUGGAUAUUGCGGGAUACUUAGUCCUUUGCUGGCUAAUGUGUGUCUGAAUGAGCUUGAUCAAAUGAUGGAAGAGAAGAUAAUUGAGUUCUUUAAGCCCUGUGAACAAGAUUCUAUAUGGAAGUACUCGAUAGAAGAUGGCUAUCAUAACCCUUCUUGGCCGGAGUUCGUUCCAUCUGGUGGGAAGGAGAAGACGAGGAAGAUGGAUUACGUUAGAUUUGGGGGUCAUUUUCUAAUUGGGAUUCGGGGAACUAGAGAGGAAGCAGUGGGAAUUAGGAAGGAUAUAAUUGAGUUUUGUGAAAACAAUUUUGGCAUAAGGCUAGACAAUUCCAAAUUUGAGAUUGAGCAUAUUACUAGGGGAAUUGAUUUUUUGGAUCACACACUGUGUCGUAGGAUCAUAUAUCCUACUCUUCGUUACACUGGGACAGGUGGAAAGAUAGUCAGUGAGAAAGGUGUAGGAACUCUGCUUUCAGUCACAGCUAGUUUGCAGCAGUGCAUUCGUCAAUUUAGAAGGCUCGAGUUUGUGAAAGGUGAUAGGGACCCAGAGCCACUCCCUUGCACCCCAAUGCUUUAUUCGGGACAAGCUCAUACUAAUUCUCAAAUGAACAAGUUCCUUGAGACCAUGGCAGACUGGUAUAGAUAUGCAGAUAACAGAAAGAAAAUUGUUGGGUUUUGUGCUUAUGUCAUUCGAAGUUCUCUUGCUAAACUUUAUGCUGCCAGGUAUAGAUUGAAAUCUCGUGCCAAAGUCUACAAGAUUGCUACACGUGAUCUUAGUCGUCCUUUGAGGGAGAGUAGUAAUAACUCUGCACCUGAGUAUUCAGAUCUUUUGAGGAUGGGGCUUGUUGAUGCUAUUGAUGGUGUACAAUUUUCUCGCAUGUCUUUGAUUCCUUCAUGUGAUUACAGUCCAUUCCCUAGGAAUUGGAUCCCAGACCAUGAGAAAGUGUUGCAUGAAUAUAUCAACUUACAAGAUCCGAAGUUCUUUUAUGAACUGCAAAAAUCACUCAAGCAACAAGUUCUAUCAUCACCCCAAGAUGACAUGUCUGAGAUUGUGUGGAGUUGCAAGACACUUGGUAUCCAAAACUACUGCCUUAAUGGUGCGACAGAGGUGCAUGAUGCUUCUCCAACAGUUAGAAGGUGAAUAAGAAAGCAAUUUGAUCGCUGAAAAUAGAAUUUUAGUGAUGCUGCUUAUUGUAAAAGGACUAUUGAGCAAAGCAGAUAGUGCUUUCCACAACUUCAGGUUGAUACUUCUAAAGUUGGACUUCACUGCUUCCUAUAGUAUGAGUUAUGCUUGAAUGAACUUGUGUCCAGUUUUAAAUGGCUGUUACAAAGGUGGAUAGAUGGACAUUGGAGAUCAGAUUUUCUGUUGAAAUAUUACAAUCUAGUUAUUCAGUUGAUUUGGUACAGGGUUGGGCCCUUGAAAGGGAGGUGGAGUACCUACCAAACAGGUUGUCGAUGGAUUGAUUUGAUGUGCCUAAAAGUAACUUGAUUCUACAUAUAGGUUGAAAUUGAUGUUUAUUAUCAUGUAGUAAUUUGUUACAUGUUAUGAAGUGUGUGGACUGGACUGUUAAUUAUGUGAGUUGUCGUAGCUGUUCACAUACCAAGUGAAGGUUAGUAUUGCUAGAUGUAUAGAAGUGAGAUGAUUCUUUGAUAAAAGUGCCCAAUCAAAUGGAAGGUAAUUAGUUUAAGGAAGUUGACUGUCUAUAAUACAUAUACAGAUUUCGAAUGUAUACUCAUGAAUCUAUUGAUAUCCUUGUAUAACUCACUAGUGCCCUUUUCAACAGUCUGAAAACGAAUCUGAGAGCAAAGUGACAGGCUUAUCUUACCUACUCAAACAUUCUGUGCAUCCAACUGCCAAGGGUAAGAGUUCAGGGAUUGAUAUGUUACAUAUGUACACUAUUGGUUGUUAGUCACCAAUAUUUUCAGAAUGUUACAUAAAUUUUGGGUGCUUGUUUCCACAAGUAUGCAACUUCCUUGACACAGUUAUAUGAAAACUUAUAUUUGCUCAACAGUUUCCAGAAUUCUUCUAGUGGCAUUACCCGCAUGCUUAAGAAAAAUUUUGAUAACCUGGUUUUGCAUGGAGUCCUGUAGUUGUACGUGGUGCCUGGUGUCGUAGGUGCUGCUUGUAGAAUUUGUAGCUUAUUUAGUACUAACAGUUUAUGAUGUCUAUUAUUUAUGUCCGUGGGUUUGGGAGACAACUUACACAAUGUCAUCAGUAAUGUUGCUUCAAAUUGCUAUAUAGAAAUAAGGCAAAAGUUUAAGGAAACAGCAACAGCAAUAAAAUAAGUUGUUUAGAAGAAACAUAAUUGAAAGUGAACUUUUUGUUCAAUAUAUGAAGCAAAUCCUUUAACAAAAAUUUACUUUAUUAUGCAUAUGCCUAUAUCUUUCCUUUGUUUGAGCAACUUGGGGAUACUGUUAUUGCCCAAAGGAUAGGUAUAUUAUUCCAUGCAUACAAUUUGUGUCCACUUUCCAGUUAUAAAGCUAAUUGUUUGUGUUGUUUAUACCCUUAAUCGGUUAUUGGCAAUUCUUGAGACCACCACAGAUUAGUUAAAUUUUCACUAUAGGUGCACUUAUGUAUAGAAAGACAGCCUGCAUUUCUUUACCUCUAAGCUGAGGGAAAGCACAUUAAGCAUGUGCUGAAUGUUUUGCAUUUUCAAAUUUAGAAUUAUUCUGUUCUUGUGAAUACAUUUUUGUAUGGGUAUGGGAAGAAAUCUUGAAGUUCUUAGACUCAAGACAAAAUGAUGGCCCAGGUUUUAUUCUUUUCCACCGGUGACCAAAUUCCCCAAAAGCAGCAGUUGUUGCUGCUGUUAGUUGUUGUGAAUGUGUUGUUCCAGUUGGCUGGCCUCUCUUUUCAGGUAUAUUUAGCACCUGAUCCCUUUAAAGUGUUCCUAAUCUAUACAAUCUAGCUGUACGGUUUUCUCUUUUUGUACGCUUAGAAUAUUUGUUCUGUUGUGUACACUGAUUUCUUGUGGGAAUAGAUCAAUCAUAAAACUGAAUUAAAUUAGCUUUAUCUCUGAGAACUAAAGUUAGUAUUGGAAUAAAAAAUUUGGUAUCAAUGAUACUGCUGGCUUCUUUGGGAAUUUAUGGAUACUAAAAUUUGUAACUGAGCUUAUUGGUCCACUUUGAUGUUAAAUUGGUUGCUGUGCAAAAGGAUAUUGUAGAUUCAGGUAAAAUGGCAUUUGUUCUUGUUUGAACCCCAAAAAACCCAAAAUAAAUAAAUAAAUUAAACUCAACCCUGGAACAAGAUGUCUAAUUAUUCCUACAUCUAUGUGAUCAGUUUUUUGCUGCCUCUAAUGUGUUGAUCUCCUUUUCUAUUAUAAUCUGGUUCAUCAUGGAUGGGAAUGUAUGAUUGAGUUCACGAUUAACUGCUUUGAUUUCUCACUUGAUAUAUGGUUGAAUAAUCUACUUUCAAUUGUUCAAAAUCUGAGCAGUAAAAUUUGAUGAAACACAUAAUUCUAGAUGCAAAUUGGUUUUUUUCUGUUUUCCUAUUCUGAUCUGUUCUGUAAUAAAGUGCUGCCAUAUUCCAUAUGAAGGAUAAGAAGAAGCAUGUUUUGCAGUUUUGGAAGAGUAUUCCAUCCUCCAUAUUCUCAAUGAAUUGUAUUACUUUUGAAGUUUUGGUGCAGGAAAGGUAAAUGCAGCUUGAUAUUGGCUAAGCCUUCUCCUUCCAAUAGGAACUUCUUUCAAUCUAACUGAUUAAGUGGAUUUCUAUUCGAGUUCUUCCUUUUUGUGUAUACUGCACAAUCUGUGGUAAGUAGGAAGUAUGAUUUGUCGCAUUGGUUGGGUACAUCUCUUCCUAUACUAGACCAUGGAGCGGGAAUGCCAUCUAGGUACUCAUAUGAACUUGAAGUUGGUGAUCCCACUAUGCUACUCUCCAGUUCUUCCUUUUUGGAUAUACUGCAUAAUCUAUAGUAAGUAUGAUUUGUGGUGUUAGUGGGGUACAUAUCUUCCUAGACUAGACCAUGGAGCAGGAAUGGUGAGUUAUUUCUCAGCAAUUAUAUUCAACAUUUAUAAAUUAUAGUUGACAUUUUUAACUUACUAGCUUCUGCUAUUAACUUCAGUCACUUCAUGAUAAUGUUUAUAGCCGUCUAGGUACUCGUAUGAACUUGAACUUGGUGACACCAAUAUGCUACACUCAAGACCCCAAGCUUGACCUCGAUGGGUAUAGGUUAAUGGUCUCCUUACCAACUCUGCUUCAUCUCUCUACUUAGAAUAGCAUAAUAUACCAAAUUCCUUUCAUCUACUGGUUUUCUUCAUUGUUUGUUCUGUAUUUCAUAUUAUCAUCAUAAAACCUGUUCUACUGGAUUUUCUAACAGAAAGCCUGUGAGAUUUCUUUGGACUUGCAUUUCUUUAGACUAAAAGGUUUCCUGACAUGUAAUUGGAGGACUUUUAAUGUAUUCUUACACUAAGACAAGGAUGCUUCACAAUGAUUUAACUUAAUCUUGGGUGCUGGCAGGCAAAGGAAACAUGCACAAACUUUUUCUUGUUUUGUGUAAGCUAAUUCUUUAAGUUUCGGUAUGUGAGUGUUAAUCCUCCCAAUUGAUGUCAGAAUUUUGAACAUCUGAGUUGUUGGAGUGGUGAAUAUUACAUACUUGGAGCUAGAAUUCCCAUCUGCUUCUUGAAGUUCCCGUUGUCGAAUGCUUGUCUUUCCUCUUGCUUCACUAUUUUGAAUACUUCAGCAUUGCAGUAUUAGAAUGAACUUCACCAGAUUUUUUUCACUGCUCUGAGCUGUUUUCUUCUUGUUUGCAUGUAAAUUCAAGGAAAGGAUGCACCUGGAUGUAAAGGGUAGAACCCCAAAGUAUUUUAAAGUGCUCUCUCUGGCACUCAGUGCCAAAAUUGUCAAGGAAAGAGAACCGCGGAUUUAAUGCUUUGUUAUAAUGUGUCAAAAUUGAGGAGCUUCCUGCAAUUAUCAUGAACCUCAAGAGUGGCAUGCAAAAUUAUCCCGAGGGAUAAUUAUAUUUUACAGUGGGCAAAACUCACAAUGCAAUCGUCAAGUAAAACUCCCCUACAUCACGUGUCAAUUAGUCUGCAGUAUGGAGACCCUUUUAUUUAUUUUUUUUACAGGGAAUAUUGAUCGUUUAGAAGAAUUUUGUUUAAUGCCCGCAGGAUUGAUCACAUUGUUGUAAAAUGGAGAGCCAAAAAAUAAAGAGCUAGAGGAAUGGAUGGAUUAAUUAGUA